GCCAAAUCCAAAAUAGAAUAUUGUAACCUUAAGACAAAUUACGUCAUCAACAUCUUAUUAAAAAAUGGACUUUAAAACUUUCGACUUUCGUUGCUCAGUUAGUUAUCCAGUUACAUAAGAGAGAGAAUGUGUACAGUUCAUUAAUAUAUAUCUGCUAUGAAUACGUAUACCUGUUUAGUUUUUGUGUUUGUUGAUUUUGUGGCUGGUGCAAAUGAACCGAGUAGCAGAUUGAGGCAUAUGCGCUUGGACGGGGGUUACACAAAUGGAUUGGAUCAGAAACUUCAAGGAAUCGAACAGCGCCUUUACAGGGCGGAAGACAAGUUUAAGAGUAUCUCCAAGGCACGUGAAGUAGAUUUUGGACGACUGAAGAUGCAUAGUAAAUAUGCAAAGAUCAAUACGGAGAUCGUGUACAAGAUAACAAACCAAUGCGACACAAGAAAGAAUCGUCUUCGCUGUCUAGAGUCCGGCGAAUGCAUACAUGAACUGCUGGUUUGUGACGGACACGUCGAUUGUGCAGAUGGAAGCGAUGAACGGGCCCACGUUUGUGAUUUCUCUCUUUUUUCCACUGGAUUGAUAUACAGAGCAUACUUAUCACGUAGUCAGACAUGCUUUAUGGACGCAAGGAAGGUGUAUGCCGACUUUCAGUGUGACAGGAUAAGGAGACUACCUCAUCUCCCACAGGUUACUUUCUACACAGGAACACUCGAAUGGGAAUUCGAAUGGAUUAAUGGAAGCAAAACUUACGAAUCCAAAGACUGGAAAGGCACAUAUUGGCCUGGUAGUGGGUUUGAAAUUGCUUGGACGGUUGAGGAUGAACCAGUUAUAUUCAAGACGUACUUAUCGUACUUCACCAAAGACACGCCAAUACGAUCGUACACCUACUUGGGUGACAAUCCGAUAUCAUGUGGAUUUUUUACGUGGGUGUGAUACCAGAUGAGUUUGAUGAAACCGUCGAUGCAGUAUAUAGCAACGAAUAAACG